AUGUCUUCGCCCACAAGCCAGACGACCAUUAGCCCGCAUAACCAGCAGCCUCUGAUCACUCGCACUUAUCCGUCCGAGCAUGAGUUGCAGGCCGUCAUCAAACGGUCUGCCUCUGCACAGGUACGAUGGAGUUCCGUUCCCCUACGGGACCGAAUUGCCAUUGCCAGGAAGUUUAUGGAUGAAUUCCGCAAUAUGACAAACGAGAUUCCCUUGGAGCUCACCUUGCAAAUGGGACGCCCUAUUUCGCAAGGAGUCGGUGAGGUGCGGGGCCUUCUCGAGCGUGCUGAGUACAUGCUCUCCAUCGCGGAGUCGGCUUUGGCGGAUGUCGCCCUCACAGAUACUGAUAAGCCGGGAUUCCGGAGAUUUAUUAAGCGUGCACCUCUUGGGGUGAUCCUAGUCAUCGCUCCGUGGAACUAUCCAUACCUGACAUCUAUCAACUCCGUCCUUCCCGCCCUAGUUGCUGGAAAUUCGGUGCUACUGAAACCAUCACCACAAACCCCCUUGGCGGCGGAGCGGUUUGCUCUGGCUUGGGCUCGUGCGGGUCUCCCAACAGAUUUACUGCAGGUUGUUCAUCUGUCACCUGACUUGACGACAUUCGUUGUGCAGCACUCCGCUGUUAAUUUCAUCUCUUUCACUGGCAGCGUGGUUGGAGGACGAUCGGUAGACCAGGCCGCUGCAGCGGCUAAAGACUUCAAGGGCCUUGGAGGAAAAGAUCCUGCCUACGUUCGGGCUGAUGCCAACCUAGACUAUACUGUGUCGGAACUGGUUGAUGGCGCCAUGUUCAACUCCGGGCAGAGCUGUUGCGCUAUCGAGCGCAUCUACGUCCAUGAAGCUCUAUUCGAUACAUUCGUAUCGAAGUAUGUGGAUCUGGUGAAGAACUACAAACUGGGUGAUCCUACUCAACCAGACAUCAACCUUGGUCCGGUUGUGAGCGUCGUGAGCGCUGAGAGGAUUCGCAAGCAGGUCGCUGAUGCUAUUGAAGCCGGGGCUAAAGCACUUAUCCCGGAAGGCUCAUUUCCUGUAGCUCUACUAGGUACCGCAUAUGUUGCACCCCAAGUAUUGGUCGAUGUCGAUCAUUCUAUGAGUAUCAUGAUGGAAGAGACCUUCGGACCCGUGAUUGGGAUUAUGAAGGUUUCUUCCGAUGAGGAGGCCAUUCGCCUCAUGAAUGAUUCCCCAUACGGGCUUACUGCAUCCGUAUGGACCGACGCCCAACAUAACCCAGACUCGGAAGCAUCUUUCUUGAAUAUUGUUGACCAGCUUCACGCCGGAACAGUCUUCUUGAAUAGGUGUGACUAUUUGGAUCCUGCCCUUGCAUGGACGGGAGUAAAGGACAGCGGAAGAGGUGUCAGUCUUAGCAAAUUUGGCUAUGACCAAUUAACAAGAGCGAAGUCUGUGCAUAUGAAGAUUCAAAUCUAG